CCCUGGACCGACAUCGGGGGCUGAGGGGCGGUGGUUGUACCCCUCGGAGGGUUGUUUUAUCCCCCGGAGCAGCCCGGGGUUUCGGGGGGCCGAGCCCCCGGUGCCGGCGGACGCGGUGCUGCGCUGGCUGCGGGCGGAGGGCGCGGACCCCGCGGCCCCGGCCCAGGAGCUGCUGGGCUUGGCCUGGCGGCUGCUCCGGAGAGCGGAGACACGGCUGGGAGAGCUGGAACGGCGGCGGGAGCAGGACAUGAGAGACGUGGAGAGCUACGUGGGCCACGUGCGUGCCCUGACGGAGGAGCGGGAUGCCAUCGCCUCGGAGCACGAGAGGGAGAACGAGCAGCUCAGGUUGGAGCUGGCACGGCUGCAGCUGCUCCAGGAAGCCCAGCUGAAGGAGGUGGAGGAGCUGCUGCAGCAGGAAGGGCUGUCCCAGAUCGCUCACAGCGCUGCCAGCGAGCAGGUCGCCUAUUUGCUGGUGGAGAGGACAGCACUGCUGGGGAAACUGGGGCUGCUCCACAGCACCACAGAGGGCAUCCAGUUCUGCAGGAAAGAGUUGGAGAGGGAACCUGCAGGAGCUGUGGGAGAUCUGGAUGAUGCUCCCCAGAGGCUGAUGGGGGCCCAGGAAGAGCUCCAGGGGAUGACAGAGGAGUUGGAUGCACCGAGCAAGGAGCAGAGUGCAGCAGGCAGCACUGAACUCCAGGAGGCCAUGGAGCACAACAGCCGGCUGGAUAAGGAGAUCCUGGCACUGCGGGCGCGGGUCCAGACGCUGGAUCUGGAGAGGAAAGCAUUCCUGGAGCUGGUGGAGCAGCUCAAGGAGGAGAUCUGUGAAUACCAGAGGAGUGAGAGGCCGGGGCAGUCCCUGCCCGAGGAGCCCGGAGCAGCCUCACUGCAGGGCACUCGGGAUGAAGGGAGGGCUGAAGAUGAGCAUGGGGCAGGAAGAGCCUGGUCCUCCUUGGAUCAGGAGGAUAGAGAUCAGGGGGCUGAAACUCUCCAUAAAAGGUGCAGGGAGGCAAUGGAAAACAUGGAGGGCAGGAAUUCCCAGCUCCUGCACAAGCUGCAGAAACUGGAGCAGGAACAUGAGGAUUUGGUGGAGCGCAAUGAGGAGCUGGAAUCAAUCCUGGGAGAGACUCAGAUCCAGACCAAGCAGGAGAAGGAGCAGUUUGAGAGCGAGGUGGAGGGACUGCAGCAGAAGAUCACCAGUUUAGAAACAGAGUUGCUUGAGGUGCAGAAGAACAGAAGUGAGAUGGCCAGGAAGGAGCAGGAGGCGUCUGGAGCGCAGGAGAUGCAGGAGAUGUUGGAAAGCUGUCAGGAAACCAUAGACAAGUUGGGAAAUCAUCUGGGAGAGCAGAGGGAGAGGAGGAGGCAACUUAUAUCUGAGCUUGAGCUGCUGAGAGAGGAUCUGAAGGCUGAGAAGGGGGUCCUGGGCAGCCAGGGGUCUCCUGACUCCCAGUUGGAGCUUCCAAGCCACAGUAACACCUCCCCUGGUCUCCAAAGAACAUCAGCCAGCAGGGACCUCGUGGAUGUGUCCCAUGAGAAGCACAAGGACAGUGCUUUGUUAGACCCAGAGGCCUCUGAAAUCCUACAAGAUGAACAGAGUCACAGAGAGGAGCAGACACAGGAAGAUGGAGAUGCAAAGACCUAUGAGGAACAGAUGGCUAAAGUUGUGUUUUUGGAAGAACAGAUCAAAAGCCUGAGGGAGGAACAAGAGCUGCUCUGCUCUGAAUUACUAGAGAGCAACAAGAAGAAGGAAGAGCUGGAAAAGCAGCUCAAAGAGAGCAAUGAAGAGAAAAGGAUGUUGCUGGAAGAGAUUUCCCAGCUCAAGCACAACAUCCGGAGCGCCCGGGAACAGGGAGACACCGGAGAGACCUGGAGGAUGAGCCCAGGCUUGGAGCAAAGGGAGAGCAGGUUCCUGCCAUGGCAGAGCUCAGCAGGCAGUUUAGAUGGGAGCCUUAAACAGGGUCUGCCUGAGGAGAAGUUCCAGCAGCAGGAGGAGAAGCUGCAGCAGCUGCGCCAGGACCUGCGGCGGGUGCAGAACUUGUGCAGCUCCGCCGAGAGGGAGCUGAGGUACGAGAGGGAGAAGAACGCAGAGCUCCAGAAGCAGAACCUGCUGCUCCAGCAGGAGUGCACCAAGGUCAAAGCUGAGCUGAAACAGGCCCGGGCCAAACUCUCAGACUCCACAGAAACCUGCUCAUCCCUGUCAGCACAGUGGGAGAGGAGCCAGCAGAAGGUCAGGGAGCUGGAGCAGAAGCUCUCCAAGUGCUCCCAGGCUGACAAGCUCCACAGCAGCCUGAGGGACAGGCUGGCCCAGGAAAAAUCCAGGGCAGGAGAAGCCCAGAAAAAGAUUUCCAAGCUCCAGCAGAAGCUGAAGGAUUCCCAUCACCAGCUCCUGCUGGCAGAGGCCCGUGUUUCUGACAAGAAGCUGCUGGAGGAGGAGCUGAAGGAGGCCCGGGAGAACGAAGCUCGAGUGCAGCGGGAGCUCCACGAGGGGCAGCUGAAGAGGAAGCUCCUGGAGCAGCAGGUGGAGGAGCUGCGGCAGCAGCUCCGGCAUUCCCGGGAGACGGAGGCGUCGCUGGCCAAGAUGCACGUGGAGCUGCAGGCCAAGACUCUGCAUGCCCUGGAGGAUGAGAGGAAACUCGACCCUGGAGAGCACCUGCAGUGCCAGAAGGAGAACCAGAAGCUCUCGGAGCAGCUGUCCCUGCUGAAGGAGGAGAACAAGGCCCUGUAUGAGGAGGGUGUUCGGCUCCUGAACCAGAAGGAUCUCUAUGUGAGGAAGUACAAUGAGCUGCAGCUCCGGCACAAGGACAGGAUCCGCAGGGCCAAGGAGACGUUCAUCCACGAGGUGAAGCAGAGGGACAGCAGGAUCAAACAGCUGGAAAACGAGCUCAGCGAGUCCAAGCUCCAAGUGGAGAAGGGGAAGGUGCUGAUCACCCAGAUCACUGCUGAGAACGAGAAGCUGCUCCAGGAGAGGCGGCGGCUCCUGCAGAAGAUUUCGGAGCAGGAGGAGCCCCUCUGGAGCCUCCGCUCGGUGAUUGCCCCCUUGGCCAGCAGAGGGAAGCUCCUGGAGGAGGAGAACAAGCUGCAGCUCUCCGGCCACGCGCCUCCCUCCCAGCGCAUUGCCAGGAGCAGCCCUGCUCCCCCCGCAGAGGACUCGAAGACCCUUCACGUCUCCGAACGCCAACUCCAGAGUAAGGUGGUGCCACCUCCCCGUGCCAGCUUCCCACCCCGGGAUCUCCCAGACCCCUUUGGUGCCAUGAAGGCCCCUCGGGACAUGAAGCCUGAGGGAGAGGCCGAAAGCCAGGACUCCUCCCUGGGCCUGUCCCCCUCCCAGCCCUCAGAGCUGGGCUACCUGAACGUGGCCUCCCCGGGGGACACCACGGCGUCCCCGCUGCAGGAGGAGAGCAGGAGCGUCGGCUCUGAGACCUUCUGAGCUGGGAAUUCUGUGCAGAGUCACCUGGAUGCAGGACUGGGACCCCUGAGCUGGGAAUUCUGUGCAGAGUCACCUGGAUGCAGGACUGGGACCCCUGAGCUGGGAAUUCUGUGCAGAGUCACCCUGGGGCUCCUGGGAAUGUUGUGCAGUGUCACCUGGAUGCAGGACUGGGGCUCCUGGUGCCGUGGGAUGACAGAGACUGCAAAGAGAAGAAUUGCCAAAUGGACUGACCUAGGGAUUUCUGGGAUAUUUUCCAACUAAGUUAAUCCAGUGUUGUUUUUUUUUCCAUGUACCCCCUGUAAAUGUGUUUGUGUCAUCCCAGAGGCACUGGAGGUUGGAAUGUGUAGAUAAACUCAUAAGCAGGGAAGAGGGGUGGGGUGAAGUGUGUCUUCCCUCAACCCUAAUUCCUUGUUCAGACCAAAUCUAUAAAUUUUAUAAAGAAAAGAAAUUAAUGUUCAUUGGUUCUUAAUUACAUCAUUCUCUUUCAUUAACCAGUAUUUUACUUCUAUUGGUUAUUGAUUUCUCAAUUUCUGUGUUAAUUAAAUCCACUUUUUUAGUAUCUUUUUUCCUAGAAGGGA